AUGGCGUCUGGCGGUGAUUGCGUUCUAGCGGCCGUCUUGGCGAUCGUCAUGGCGUCAGCAAAGCGCUUACAUCCAAGCGAUACCUACUUUGAAGAGACACACACGGAGAAUGAAGCAGCAGAGGAAACUGACCGCCGCCUAUCGACAAACACGCACUCAUACAAGCAGAAAGAGGAAGGGGACUUGGUGAAAGAGCUGCCUGGACUCGACCCGUCCGUGAACGUCACGCAUCACGCUGGUCGGAUCGCGCUUUAUGGCGGUGACAAGAACUUUCUAUUUUACUGGCACUUCCAAGCGGCACGGGACGCUAAGAAGGCACCGCUUGUCAUUUGGUUGAACGGAGGUCCUGGCUGCUCCAGUAUGCAAGGCCUUUUCACGGGCAACUCGCCGUUCGUGUUGGUGAACGAGUCCACGAUUGGCAGGAAUGCCCACAGCUGGCACCAGUUUGCUAACAUGCUUUUCGUAGACCAACCUGUGGGAACUGGCAUGUCGUAUACUAGUGGCAACGACUACCGGUCGAGCGAAAAAGACAUUUCUGCAGACUUUUACGACUUCUUGGUUCGAUUCGUGCAGCGGCAUACCGAGUACCUUUCGAAUGCUGUCGAUGGGGUGAAACACUCGCGAGCUGUGUAUUUGUUCGGUGAAUCCCAUGCAGGACGAUGGAUUCCCGAGUUCUCGGAGCACAUUAUGAAUCGGAAUGAUGAUGCAGACAGCCAGAUCAAGAUCCGUCUUGUUGGCUUUGGCAUUGGCAAUGGAUGGGUGCACCCAAAAAUUCAGUACGAGUACAGCGACUAUGCCCACGGUCUUGGCUUGUUGUCGUUUGGUCAGGUACGAUCGCUGAAAGCUUCAUUCGCUGAGUGUGAGGCUGCUUUGGAUGCUGGCACGUAUUAUUCGGACAGCUGUCUCGGCAACAUGAAUGCGAUUACGAAUAGCGUCAAGGCAGGUAAUGGAGGGAACGUUUUGAAUCAUUACGACGUCCGUCAAUAUGUGCACAAUAUCGGAGCGUACCCGCCAGGAAUGAAAACGAUCGCCACAUAUUUGACUAAGCUGGAAGUGCGUGAAGCUGUUCAUGGCAACGAGGACAAGAGGUUUCGCUUCGAGAUGUGUAGCAACAGUGUCUAUCGAGGACUAAAAAAGUUUGACGGCGUCAGCACGUUGGACGCAGUUCAGUCAUUGCUUCAAAAAGGUCUACGUAUGAUUUUCUACGUCGGUCAAUGGGACAUGAUGUGCAACUACUAUGGAAUGGAGAAACUGUUGCUGAGUCUGAAUUGGAACGGAGCGAAGGCUUAUCAGCAGGCCCGCAAGUUCACGUGGCAAGUCCAAGGCCGCAAAGAGCCUGCAGGAUUCGCACAGCAGGGCGGUAAUUUGACUUACGUGGUGGUUGCUGGUGCAGGGCACGUAGUGCCACUAAACGUGCCUGACGUGGCUGCAGAUUUGUUGCGUCGCUUUGUCAACGGUCUCGAUUUCAACGACAAGGAGCAAAGUGUCACAAACACGCAAUUGAACGCGAGCGACCUCGAAGUUACAUUUUGUCACGCGCCAGGGGCUGCACCCGCUACAGAUGUCAGCUAUUCUACCUCAGUUUUGUCCGGUGGAAGCAGCAGCCAGGCGCAUAUCGAUGUCACGUGGCUGUUCGUAGCGUUGCUGAUCGCAUUGGUAAGCAGCAUCGUGACUGUGUGUGUCACCCUUGCUUGUCUCCGCAACCGACGACAUCGACAGCCGGAUCAUAAAAUCAUCACACAAGAUAGUGAUGGUGAACACAUUGAUCAGCCGGACGACGACGAACAAGAAGAAAGCUUCGACAGAGAAGAUGUUGAUGAGCACGAGCAUCUCAAUGUUGUGAGUCAGUGA